AUGCCGCCCUGCUCAGUUGCAGCAAGCCGUUCGGGGUUCGACCCCGGGAGCUGGCUCGCCGACGCGGGCGUUUCGGUACCCGAGCCUCUCUCUGAGCAUGUCUCUCCCAAGUUUUCCCUGUUAAGCAGAUCAAAAGGAGGCCAUCUCUUCACCGAGGGCGAGGCUUCUUCUGCUGGAAAAACUCUCUGUUCGGUGGAGACUCUUGCGACGCAGUGCGACAGGCGGGUAAGCGGGCAGACAGCAAAAACUGACGGCGCCAGCUGUUUUCCCCUCUCUCUCCCUUCCUCGUCUCCCUCGUCAUGUUCUGGCUCGCCGCCUGCAUGUGCGCCAUCACUGCCGCUCCCUCUCUCCAACGCUUCUUCUCGGUCUCCUUCCUCUGCAGCUCCUUCGUCUCUCUCCAUGUCUUCUCUGGAUCUGCGAGAUGCUUUGAAGCUUCUGCAGCAUCUGGCACCUCCUCCUCCGUCCGCCGCCUCUUCUUCGGCGUCGUUCCCUCUUCUCGCCUCGCCGGACACGCUGAGUCCCUCUGAUCUUCAGCCGAGUGCGGAGUCUUCUCCGUCAGCGCCAUCUUCGCUCGUCAGCGUGCUCCGCUCGGGGGUCUCCGCCCUCUCAGUCUUCCCGCAAGCCGCUGACUCCCGUCUCGCUCCUCCGGCUCUGGGGGGGGUUUCUUCUGCUUCUGUCGCCGCCCUGUCUCCUUCUCUGUGCGCCGCCGCUUCUAUCCCUGCGGUUCGCGGCUCGGAUUCUUCCGCCUGCUCCCCUCCGUGCGGCUGCACUCCCGCACCGCCUUCCUCGCAGCCGUCGGUCGUUGAGCGUCGCGACGGCGCGCUUCGGCGCCCAGCCCCCGUUCCGCGAAGAGACUCAACAGGCGGCGAAGAAGCCGCGGAGAGCGAGGCCUCUCGUUGCGACCGUCGAGCUCCACGUUUGUUGUCUUUGCCGUCUUCUGGUCUAGAGAGCCGGAAGGGGCAUUCCUCACCGCUCUCGGGUUUUGCAGCUUCUGAGAGUGCGCCUCCGCAGUGUGCAGAGGAGGACGAGCACGCACAACCCGUCGCUGCGACGCCAGCGCUGCUCAGAGGCAACCAGAGGGAAGAGAAUUCUCCCUCUGAUUCGGCCCCUGACGAGAGGAAGCGAACGCGGUUCCGCGGCGCGUACGGAGACGUUGACCGAAGCGCCGGUCUGCGGUGUGUAGGCCGCUUCCUCCUCUCCCUGCUCCCCGACCCCCUUUUCGACCCGCUGGCUGAGAGGGAGGAUGCUGGCGUUUCGUGUGGCGACGCGAAAGACCGAGCCCAGUCUCCCGCACAGGCAGGACGCGAAAGAAUGAGGGAAGAAGCGAGCCGCGGAGGAGCGUGCGGUGGCACGAAAACCGGAUGCAAAGCCAGAGGUGGACGCCAGCUGUGGCGCACAGAGCACAGAGAUCGGAUGCCCUCCACAGCGGAAGAGAAGCCGCUCAAAUGCGCGACCCGCGUCCUCCCCGAUCUGAACAAACGCGCUCUGCAGUCGAUUCUCGACGCAGUUGCGGCGUAUGUAAACUCGAGGCAGGCGCACGCAGACGGCGGAACGCGUGAACGCGAGGCUUUCAGUUCCAUCCGGCACACCGGCAGCAAGGGGGGGGCGGAACUUGUUUCUGAAGCUCGGUCUUGUCCGCCAGCCAACUCAGGUGUCAGUGUCUCCUGUAUCCGCUCAAGUGGGGCGAGGUCAGGCACUAGCCGGGGAGAGAGACAGAGUGCCGAAGACGCGUUUUCGGGUUCGUCUUGCUCGCCGGCUUCUCCUCGCUGCGCCGAGCUGUCCUUCUUCUUCUCUGUGCUUCGUCAGGUCCAUACGGCCACUUCUCCCACUCCGUCUUCGUGUGGUCAUUCGUCUGCCUCUUCUCCCUGCGCUUCUCUGCGGCCUUCUUCUUCCUCCUGGGGCCUGCGUUCGCCUUCGGUCUCUGCCCCGGCCGCACUGUUUUUUCCUCAGCGCCGGCUUCAUCUGUGCACAGUGAAGGCGCUGAAGGCGCUACAGGGAUUUCACGAGUGGCGAGACACAGUCGCCGAGCUCGUCGCGCAGUGGAUGAUGAGCUGCAGGUACGCCUUUUCCCCGAGAAGCGCUGAGGACGAAGAGGAGAGAGACCUCGUUCUCGAUGAAGAACGACUGGAGUUGGCUUGGCAGCUGAUCUGCGGAGACAGCGACGGCCUCUCGUGUCUCUUGACGCAGCUCGCGAGAGCGAGUCAGCGAGAAGAAAGUGCACGGCGGGAAACCACCUCCCUCAACCAAAACGGCGGAGGCGUGCGGAUUUCUGCCACAGCAGACCUGCGUACGCUCGCGCCCGCGCCCGCGCCGCGAGGCGUCGGCAGACUCUCCAAGGCCCGCGGGGGCAGCCCUGACGGGGUCGGCAGCCCGCUGGAGGCUGAGGGAGCCGCGGGCGUCGAGGGUCCUUCCUCCUCUUCGUCCACUUCGUUGUCUUCCUCUUCUCCCUCUGGCGCUUCCUGCGAUCUGCAGCAGGCAUCGGCGAGAGCGGCGACCUGCGUAUUUUUCCACGAAAAAAAGCGCCUCCUCCAGUCUCUGUUGAGUCUCCUCUUCUCGCCAGGCGCCACAUUGGCGUCGAGAAGCCGCGCGGCAGCCCUUGCGGCUUGGGUGCUGUGCAGGGGCCCUCGCACAGAGGGAUCGGGGUUUCUAUUGAGGCACAGCUGCGAGGAAGGGGAAGGCGGGGAGGGCAGCACCACCCGGGGGGACAGAGAAGAAGACGAGCGGAACGCACUUGUGCAUUCGGUUGUCGCUGCGGCCUCUGCGCAAGCCCCGUCGGUGGAGUGGCUGCUUUACGCGGGCGCGAGGCAUCCGAGCCUGCAGACCGCGGAGGGCGCGCAGCUCGCAGAUGCAGCCACGCGUGCGACGACGGCGAGCCAGAGGAGGGCGGAGAGAGGGCAGCUGUGUUUGAGGAGAUGCGAUGGAGGAGAAAACGUUUGGAACCGCGCCGCGCGUCAGCAGAGCGAACCCGGCACGCGGGCGAGCGACGCUCCACUUCCGAGGGCGCGGAACUUCAGAGCCGAGGGCGGUGUGUGGGUCGGUCUCUUAGAGCUGACCGAGGCGCUUGUUGAGCUCCUCGCGUGCGCCGUCGUGUACGUGCCGGUGCUCGCAGAGGCGCCUGCGCAAGGGAACAAGAAGACGCAGCGAGAGGGCGAGAGGGCGCGCGCGGACGCGCGAGUCCAGCGCCUCCUGGCAGGCGACACUGCAGAGGAAGAGACAAGCGGCGCAGGGCUCAUUGUCUCGGCGGAGGCGAGCCGAGUUCUGCCGGCCGCGGAGACCGUGUGCCGAGUUCUCCGCGCGCUCAAGGCUCCCGAGCUCCUCUUUGCAUGCGCUACGGAGCUUCCUUUCGCUGUCUUUUCGUCCUCGCCUUUCGCGCCUUCCGCGGCCGCUGUGGCCUCUGCGCUCUGUGCCGCAGCCCCGUCGCCCGUCGCGCCGCAGUGCUUGGCGCUCGGCACUGUUGUCAGGCUUCUCGCGCUUUUAGGGCCUCGCGGCGCGUCCUCCGGCCCCAGUCCGCCCUCCCGUUCUCCCUCCUCGCAGGCGCCUACGCCGGGUUUCGAAGACGCGACCUCCGGCGCCGCGCGCGAGCCGAGCGGCGCGGAGUCUCUCGCGGCAUUUUCGCUCGCUGUGUCUCGCCUGGCUGCCGCUUCGCUGCGGCGAAGUGCUGAGCUUCUCCGCAUCGUUUUCUCGCGCGAGGCGGAGGUCACGUCCGCUGCAGCUGGUGAGGAAGGGCGAGCGAGGCCCGGCGCCGCAGGAAAUCUGCGGACGACAGGGAGAGGCGACGAGGCGUACUUCCUGUCUCAGGAGGCGCGCGAUAUGUGCGCGUCUCUAGUGCGCGAGGAGGGGCAUGAACAGAGUCUGUGGAGCAACGCUGCAGUCUUUGUCGGGUCUGUGGCGCCUCACGUCUUGCUGCCUCGUCCCUCUGUGUACGCCGACUCUGUUGCCGUUCUGAUUGAGGCCCUAGGCCGAUUCGGACACCGCCAGUUGCUUCCAGGGCGCUUCCCGUCUCGUUCGUCUGCACUUCCGCCAGCUGCGGCCUCCGCAUCGCCGGAGUCUCCUUCGCGCGCGUCUGGGUGGCCUGUGGAGUCUCCGCGGACCUCAGGCGUCUUCUUUUCUUCUCGCUAUCUCUCUAAGAGCCUCGUUUUGUCGCUGUCUCUCGCGCUUCGCCUGCCGUCGGGCGUGCGGAUUGAGGAACUCGAGGCGAGCCAGAGAGACGCUCUCCGCGCAGUCUGCGACGUCGCCUUCCGCUGGCUCGCCGCGGAGAUCGAGGAUCUGCGGCGAGCCAUCGAGCGACGCGGCGGAGACGCGAACGAGUCGCGCGGACGCGCGCCACGCGUCAGGCGAGGCGCAGAGGAAGAAGAGGCUCUUGGCGCGCCGGAAGGCGGCAAUGAAGCACCGGGACGGCGCGAAGAUGGAAACCCACCUGGGGAUCGGGGAGGACACAGGAAGGACGACGGGGUGUGUGCGCGGCCGAAUCUCAUUUUCGGGCUUGCGAAGGCCGGCGAAAGCGGAGUCGUAGAGGCUCUUCUCACGGCCCUUCUAGACGUGUGGCGCCUUCUGCAUCAUGUCUCAGCAUUCGAGGGAGAGCGCGAGGCCGGAAGAAAAGCAGCAGAGGAGCGAGCGCCGGUCGCGGAGCGCUGGAGUCAGUUUUCGCGCAGAAGAAAGGGCUUCAGGGACGUCGCUCAGCAGCGGGAAGAAUACGGGACUGCAGGAUGUGACUCUUGCAGCGAAUCAUGCGGCGAGCGCGCGCAACCUUCUCGCUUCGGGGUUUCUUUGUCGAGUUCGGCCUCUCCCUCUCCUUGUUCUUCUCUCCUUCCGGCUGUCCUGCUCGAGGCGCUUCACAGAGCUCUGGAAGCUGGAACCUUGCGGCUCCUCCGACAGGGAAAAGAGAGAAGGGGGACGAAGGAAGGAGACGAGGAGUGGGAAAGGAGUUUGCUGUGUCUUGUGGACACUCUGUGGCGUCUCACGGGGAUCGUCUGCAGCGGUGUCUUUUCGGCGCAGAAGUUUGUCUCUUGCCCUCUGUCUCUUUCUGGCUCGUCAGCUUCGUGUCUCCCUCGCAGACUCGUUGGGGCCGGGGGGGAGGGCUCUCAGCUUUUGCGCGCAUGUCGCGACUGCCUGCGAAGCGGCUUCUUUCCGCUUCUUCUCUUCUCGCUCGCGAAGUUUCCGCUGUCUCUGCCUCUCGCCGCCCCCCACCCGCUCCUCUCUGCGCUUCCGCCGCUCGUCUUCGCGGCGCUCCAAGUGCAGGCUCUCCAGUGCGAGGAAGAGAAGACGCAGCCAAAGCCGACACAUGAAGAAGAAAACGCAGACGUGGAGGAAAUUGCGGUAGAGGAAGAAGAGCAGGGAGCGAGCAAGAGUGAGCGCGACUUUGAGCGGCGCAUCCCUCGAGGCGUGGAAGAAGAGGAAAGCAGAGACACAGCAGAAAAAGAAGCGCCUCGUGUGGAGCACGCAUGCGCCGGUCAGGUCAGAGAAGGCGGCGGCGUCGAGGCGUCUCGCGGGUGUGAGGUUCUUUCUCUCGUCUCGUUCUCCCCCUCCGCCGUUUUCUUCGCGCUCCAUCUUCUUCUUGUUCGCUGCUGCCGUGAGCUGCUCCCAGAGGCUGUUCGGGCUUCGGCGCGCGGAGUCGCCGCUACGGCGGAGGAUCGGAUAAUGCUGCCUUCUCCAUGCAGACACAGCGUGCAGUCUGUCGCAAGGCGCCGCAGCCGCGGGUGGCUGACGGCGAAAGAGGCGGCGCGAGGCGGGCGAGUUAUUUCGUGUGCAUAUGAGAUUCUGCUCACAGCGCUUGAGGCGCUGUCGACGUGUAUCUCUUCUUCGCUGUUGGCGGGGGAUGACUUUUAUUGGGACCGUGUCCCAGGCGACUCCCAGCAAAACAGCGCGUCUGCUGCGUGGCUGCUGCGGCUUGUCCUGUCUCCUCCCUCAGAGUCCACCUCUGCGCCUCGCCCUCUCCUUCGUCCGCUCGCCGUUCACUUCCCGGCGCGCUCUCGGCGCGCGCGCGCCUGGAGACUCGCCGAGGCGACCGCCUGGGCCUCCUCUGCGCCGAGAAGUGAACGGCGAGCGGACGAAGGAGAGGGCGAGGCGCAGAGACGGCGGGCAGCAGAGGCUGGCAGAGCGAGAAAAGAAGCACAAAGUGGAGGAGAGGGAGGGGACCGCACAAGCGGCGAGCGCUCGAGGCCCGCAUGGAACGUGCAGGACGCAUGCGCAGCGGCGACGGCCCACGACCGAAGAGAUCUUCUCCUUGGCUCCUGGCGUCUCCUCUUCAAAGCUGCGACGAUCUACCCCGAUUUGCGUCUCCGCGUCCUUCGCGUCGCCGAGGAGAGUCUCGUGGCCUUCGCGCGGUCUCCGCUGAGUCGGCGGGAAGCCAGUGACAGGCGCAGCAACCAAGGAGAAGACGAGGACGAAGAACGCAGCGAAAAGAAGACGAGAACGAGCCGCUCCACGCCUGGAAAAGGGUGCGAAGGUUCACAGGGGCGGACAGCCGAAAAGAACUGCUCUCGAGCGGUGGAAGGCGGCCGCAGACGUGCCGUGGAAGACGCAUGCGGAGUUGAGAGCCGAGAAGGAUUCGCCGAGAGCAAUGCAGAGGUUGGAGCGCUUGGAGAGGUCGUUGCGGCAGUCCUUCUCGAGUUUUUCCACACUUUUCCGGUGCAGGCAGAGGGGCAGCACGCAAGCGAGGAGGGGAUGCGCAAGGGGCUCGCGGACGCUCCGAAUCGCCUCGCAGCGCAGCUACGCGAGCGCUGCUGUCGUCUCUUGCAGCAGCGUGCCUGCUUCUCGGAUUUUGACGCACCCGGCGGUGCCAGCGGCAGCGGUGGCGUAGGUCUCGCAGAAGGGCUCUCAGAAGUCUCCUUCCCCGCGCCUCACUCGCCGCGAACGGCGACGCGCGACGCGCCGCGACAAGGCUGCAAAGAAGGAGGCGAGAAUGGAGAAGACUGCGACGGGCUUCUGCUUUCGUGGCUGCAGCAGGAAGGCGAAGACGAAGAAUCGCUUCUUUUGGCUCUCGCGCGGCUCACACGUCUCCUGGCGUCCCUCUCACGCUCACCAGCGGACAAAGCGGAAUCAAGAAAGCAUGACAGCGAAGAGGGAGAAGGAGAAGAAAAGAAUGCUGUUCAUCGUGGGGAAGGAAGCGACGCAGUUCCGCGAUCGCAGCUGAGGCGCCUGAGCCGUCAUUUGCUCGCGGCGUAUGAGCAAGAAUGUCUCGACAGACAGCAGCCGGCAAGCAUCGUCAAACCUAGCGUUUUUGUUCGGACUUACGCCUACGCAGUUCUUCUUUUUUUGUCUGUCUUCCCCCGUUAG